CACGGAGGGAGCCCGGGACACCGCCAGCACCUCCCGCUCGGUGGCACCAGCUGCUGUGGCGCUGGCUCUUCCGUGCCCAGCUCCGUGAGGGCUCAGGGGCCUCAGGCGGAUGUGGCCCCGAGUCCCCUCAGCCCCAGUGCUGUGAGGGCAGGAUCGCUUGUGGCGGCCCUGGGGGACAGAGCACCGCGACCCCCAGGGCAGAGCUCUGUGAGGGCACCGCGGGCCGGCUGGAAACAGCGCUUCUCACAGCCUCAUCCUCCCCAGCCUCGCACGGGGCUGCUCGCUGCUCCCAGCAGCUGCAGAAGAAGACCUUGGUGGUUCUGUAUUUCCCUCGUGCCCCUCAAGGGAGUGGGGAGCUCCUGAGGGGCUCUGCAGCCUCCCUGUUGCUGUGGACAUUGUGUAGUGCCUGGUGUAGCUGCUGCUGAUGCAGGGCACCCUGUUGUUAACAGCAGCAUUGUCAUUUCCUGCUCUCUCUUCUCCUUGGCAGAGAGCACCAUGGAAUGUGGCUGUGGAGCUGGAAGGGGCUCUGGCAGGAGAGCACCUCUGUGGAGUCAGCAGAAAGCAAGACAUUAACCUUUAGUUCCACCAGCACUACAGCUGGGAACAGGGGGAAGGCACGUCUUGCUUCAGAAGGUCUUGGCUUUAUCUGUGCCAGGAAACGUGAGAACCAGAAUAGACAUGAAAAGGAAGGAAAUAAGCAAGUACACAUGGUUUAAUGCAGUUGUGAAAUGAGAGAUGAAGAUUCAAAUGCAGGCAGGAACUGAACAUCAGAAAGAGCAUGGGAAGAGAUGCUGAGGUCCAGAGGGGAGAGCAAGAGGGAUACAGAACCCCUCACUUGUCAUUCUCGUGGAUCUUGUGCCAUCUCAUCAGCAAAUGUGCUGGUGUUGCUGCUUUCUCGUGUGGGCUGGUUUACAGAUGAGACCAGCUUCAGCCAGGCAGUUCCACUGGCUGGUGGAGCAGAGCUCCAGUGAACAGCCUUUCCUCUGGAGACACGUGUGUGCCCAGCACGGUGUGGAGGGUUACUGUGGAUCUGAUAGAAACUAAAGGGGAGGAAAUGGCAGCUGGGAGGAGGCUGCACUCUGGGUGUGAAGAGGAAGAGUGGUGGCUGGCAGUGGGGAGCAGCAGAGAUUGCACCCACAGAGGCUGGGGGACAGAGGGGCCUGCACCUGCUGGCUGCUGUCCCUUUGGUGGCACGGGUGACACAAGCUGUGUCUGUCUGCUGGAUGUUGUGUCCCUCGUGCCGGAGGUGGCAGGGAAACACAGGGGAGUGGCGAUGAAGUGACAGGAGCUGGGUCCUCGUGGCCAGAGCGGGGGCAGGGCUCUGCAGGUACAUCCCACAGGCAGAGCACUCUGAUCAAGCCCAUCCCUAUGUCAAACCGCACGUCCCUGCGGGUGGCAGGGUGUGUGUGUCCCCACCUGGGCUCAGCAGGAGCACCUCCGAUCAGCAGACGGGUGUGGACAUCCCCCCUGCCGUGCCGCUUCCUCCGGGGGCUCCGUUCCCUGGUGUGAAACAAAGCUGGCGUGGGGAGGUGGUGCCGCAGGAAGCUGGGGAAGUGGCAGGAGCUGCUGGGCAGGGCCCUAGUGGAGUGGGGAUGGCCAUCAGCAGCUCCCGGGGCAUUACUCAGGUCUCAGGGCCGAGUAUGUGGUCAGGAUGAAACCAGAGGAGGAAUCAGAGAAGAGAGGAGAUAAGAACUGGGCUGAGGCAAGAGAAGGGGAAGAGAGGGGAAGUCUGAGCACAGAGGAAACUGGCCCAGUGGUGCAGGGGUGAGGUCCCAGCAAGGCUUCAGCUGCCCUGGGCUGAGCAGUGACCCCGCAGUGCAGGGGGAGACAGAGGCUCCGGCCGAUCCCACCAGGCACCAGCACGGUCACCAUGAGGCUGCUGGGAAGCAUGGAGCCCUGGCUGGCCAGCACCUUUCUGCCCCUGCUGCUCCUCACCUGCCUGCCAGUUGGAACAGCCAGUCAGAUGCUAAAGCCAGUCUUCACUGUGCACCUCGAGAUUGGUUUGGAGAAUCUCACAGUGCAGGUGAAGUGGUGCAAUUCUGAAUGUCUGGAGAAGGAGAAUCAAACCAGCACUGUGAUUCUGGGAGAAAACUGUAUGAAUUUCACCAGCUCAAGCCUGUGUACAGCCCACACAGGAAUCUGUGUGUCUGGGGUCUUCAUUACAACACCUAACUCAACAGAUGCUGGAAAUCAAACCAACACUGUGUUUCUGGGUGAAAACUGUAGGAAUUUCACCAACUCAAGCCUGUGUACAGCCUGCACAGGAAUCUGUGUGUGUGGGGUCUUCAUCACAAGACCAAACUUGACAGACACUGGGGACAGCACGCAAGCAGCAUAUCUCAGCUGUGGCUGUGCAGGACCUCAGACUGAUGUCACAGGAAAGAUCUGGACAGGACUCAACCUCCUCCUGUGCACCUUCCUGGGCUUAGCGGUCGGGACGCUCCUUUACAUGCCGGUAAUUGCCUUCCUGCUGUGGCAGCGCAGAAGGGACAGAACAGGAGAGCUCAUGAGUGGGGAAGUGACAGAGGGGAAUCAGGUGAGUAUGGCAGCUCCGGUGACAGGGACUGAGGAUCUGACCUAUGCCAACCUGAAUUUUGAAAAGAAGGGGACAGGAUCUGCCUCCUCCAAUGUCAUUUACACUGAGAUCAAGCCAUUGCAACAGAAGCAGAGUGGUGGGGAUGGCAGUGCUGCCUGCACAGAGGUGGAUGUCUCUCCCAAGGAAGAGGGCAAGUGAGGGAGGUGAGCAGCUUGUUGUCCACCUUUUGGGGUCAUCCUCCUCAAAAGCCAGGUGUUAGCUCAUACAGCAGUGCAGUCUUGGGGACCAAAGACAUCUAUUAUCCCCGAGUGGCUGCAGAACCCUGCUUUAUGUUCCCCUGAAGAAGCCAUGUCUCACGGUGAGGACAGGGCUCUUGAGCCCAUGUUCCCUUUGCCUUCUGCAGCUCCAAGCACUGCCAAGCCUCAGCAACUAUUUUCACUGCCUCCAGUUGCUGACAGGCUCCUCUAGCUGCUUGUUCCAUGUUCAGGAAUGGCACUGUACACUGUGUGGGAAGAGUUUGGUCCUGGAUGUGCUGGAUGGCACGUGCUGGCCAUGAGAAGUCUUAUAACAAUAUUCUGGAUUUUCUCUGGAGCAGGCACCUGCCGUGAUGUGGGUUGACCUUGGUUUCAUUCACUCACUUGAAACAUGGGGCAAGGAUGGAAAAGCAUUGCUUGCUUCACAGAGAUGCUGCUGCAGUGAUGCACAUGGAUCUGCUUUGUGCUGGGAAUAACUAGGUGUUUUUGCUGGUUUGGUGGUGAAUACCCUUCUCGUGGGUAGAGCACUCUCUUCUGUACUCUUUUAUUGAUAAUGUUGUGUUUAUUACGAGUUUUUCAGUAAAACUGUGAUUCCUACAUGUGGUCUUGCCUGGUGUUUCCUCUGCUGUUGGAAGAGGAGCAGCUUGAGUGGAGUUAACUUUCCCACUGGGUUUCAAACCAGCACAUAGCUCUAGUGAUUUAGUGUUACAUCCACAACAGAUGCUGAGGUUCAGAGAUUACCCCAAAAAGAUAGUCCAGAUCUUCUGGGUUAUUCUCAGGGCAUAUGAUCCAACUUGGGCAGAUGUCCAACAUUAAACAACCCACCUCAUCAUGGUGGCAUGACAUCAUCAGCACCUGCAUGACCAGGUUCCAUUCAGUGCCCCAUCAACAUCCCUGCCACCAGUGACAUAAGCACCUGCACAAGCCUGGCAGUGAUGGUGUAACUGUUGCACUCAAACAUCUUUUUUGUGACCUAAAAGGAUCCCAUGAUUCUCUACAGGCUGGGUGGCCCUUGGGCUGACCAGCACGGCCCUUCUCUUGUGUCUAUAGUAUGAAAUUACUUAUAUUGUUAUUUUAAAGAGAAAAGGGUUUUAAAAAACCUUCAACUAAGAGGGACAGACUGCUCAUGAAUUCAAGAAGAGCUGAGCCAGACACCUAAGACUUGUACUAACAACCUUGGUAACCACUUAUUAUUGCUGAGGGAAGGAGGGGAAGUUUCAGAGGAGGCAAAUAUAGCUGCAGAGUUCUUCAGAAUCCCACUGGUCAAAACAGAAGGCCAUGAGGAAAACCACAAAGGACGUGAGCAGAAUGACAUGCUCACUAAACUGCCAAGAGGCAAAAUUGGAAAGCCAAGGUGCAAAUCAAAUUAAGACUAACACGGGCUGCCAGAGGCUCUGUAUUUGCUUAACUGCCUUAAAAAGAAGCGGAGGGGAAAACAUGGCUCAUUGCUUCACCAGGAAAGUUAUUGAUGAAUGAAAUUGAGGAAGCUGGGACAUUCAUAGUGCUGCAUUUGCAUCCUCAUUUAUGCCCAAGGUUAGUGGGAAUCAGAUCUGGGAUAGCAUUUUUAACAGGGAACCAGGCAAGAAGCCACAAAAUAGCCUUGGAGCAGUAACAGCAGUGAACAAGAGGCAGGGAAAGGCAGCCAGGGCUGCUGGAGGAACUGGCUGAGGCAACCUCUCCAGUGCAGGCAGGAAGGGUGGGGGAAAUCUUUGCCCAUUGGCUAUUUUUAAAAAGGUGAAGCAGCCACUAUGGCCAGAGUUGAGCCUCCAAAUUUCACUUCUCAGAAAGAUGCUAUCACAAGCAGUUGAGCAACUGUGUGAAGGUAAAGCAAUAAUAAACACAAUGCUCUCCUUGGCCAAGCUCCUCCACAUGCAGAGGGCCCCUUGUCCCUGUGUGCACCCAAGGCAGGUGGGUGAAGCAUCCACAAUGGGUUUCCAAGCCAGGAGCACAGAGUGUGUCCCAAGCUCUGCUGGCCAUAAAAAGGAAGGCUGACUCAUGCAGAGAAAACAAAAGUACUGCUUCUCCCAGUUUGGGCAAGAGGAAAGUGGAGUUGAGGGUAAGGGCUGCCUUUAUCAGGGACCUCAUAAAGAGAUCUGAGCUCCUACUACCAGUGAGGCUGGGAAAAGGCAAUAUAACCCCCAAAGGCUGUCAGUGUGCAGAGCUUUUGCCCAUUUCCUUCUAGGAUCAUCACUAGCUAGGAGCAACAAGUUAGUGGGACAGGUGGUUUAUCACACAAAUCCUGUCUCCUUGGGAGCUGUUCUCACUGACAACAGAAGCAGGGACUGGAGAGGAGUGAGAGGGGUCUGGGAAAGCUGUGCUCUGGAAGGAAGGGGCUUCAAUCCCACCAGUGCCAGCCUGGGGCUGUGCAAUCACUAGGGCAAUGAUUCCCAGAGCAGAUCUGAGCAGUCAGAAAGGUGUUUUCUUACAUUUUCCUUAACAUCUGUUGUUUCCAGUGCAUACCACAUAUUCAAGUCAAGUUUUCAGAGGAACACUUUAUGCAGAACUCCAAAAUGCAGUCUAACAUUUGAACAGUUUAAGAAAUCACUGAGAGGCUGAGUAGAAGAAUACCACUAAUACCAGCCUUAAAACAAAGGCUUUACUAUUGGUCACUUUUAUUUCAAGAACAGAACAGCCUUUCAUCCCAGCCCUCUCCAUGAGUUUAGUAACUCAGAUAGCACACAAGAAGAAGUCACAUCCUGCAGAGCAAGAGCUCCAAACAAAGCAGUCCCCACUGAGA